GCUGCGAUGGAGGCACACGGUGGCAGGCACGAUUUCCAUCACGGGAAACCCAUUCCUGACAACGGGUCUAUUGAUUUGUCCAAGUUGUCAGAGAAGGACAGAUGGAGGCUAGAACACCAGCGGUUACAUGAGAAGCACCGCGGCCAUGAGGCCAUGCACGCAGAGAUGAUCCUCAUCCUACUGGCCACUCUGGUUGUUGCACAGAUUGUUCUCGUGCAGUGGAAGCAGAGGCAUUUCAGAUCAUAUCAGAGAGUGACAUUAUUGGGCAUGUGGGUGUGCCCUGUGAUGUUCUGUCUUAAGUUUUACUGGUGGAGGUUUAUCAUUGUCUGGAGCAUAUUCUCAGUCAUCACAGCCUUUGUCAUGUUCAAGGCCACAAGGAAGCCGCUUAGUGGAACCACACCAAGAUUAGUGUACAAGUGGUUCCUGUUAAUUUAUAAGAUAAGUUAUGGGGCAGGCAUUGUGGGAUAUCUCAUUGUCAUGUUCACUUUGUUUGGGCUGAACAUGUUGGUUUUGGUCAAGCCACAAAGCUCUAUGGACUUCGGACUCCUGGUAUUAUUCUAUGGCCUGUACUUUGGUGUUACCAGCAGAGACUUUGCUGAAGUCUGUGCAGAUUCUAUGGCAGCACAUAUAGGAUAUUAUACAACAACUGGUCUGCCAUCCAAGAGGUUAGAAUCUAACAUGUGUGCAGUGUGUGGGAACCAGAUCCUGGUGAUGGAUGAUGAGGAUGCCAUAGUAGAAACCACAUGUAGAUUGCCUUGUAAUCAUCUAUUCCACGAGUUUUGUAUACGAGGCUGGUGCAUUGUGGGUAAGAAGCAGACCUGUCCAUAUUGUAAAGAGAAGGUGGACUUGAAGAGGCUUUUCCCAGGACCAUGGGAACGGCCUCAUGUACUGUACGGAAAUUUACUGGACUGGAUAAGAUACUUAGUGGCCUGGCAGCCUGUGAUCAUCAUGCUAGUUCAGGGUAUAAACUGGACGUUAGGAUUAGAAUAAGGAAAAUCAGUUCACACUGCCUUAUUUAUUUCCCAUAAUUCACAAGUGAGAGAAUUUGUGUGCACCGUUCUGCACAGAGCGGAGUGAUCGUCACAUUGUGGGUGUGAUCGUGGGUAGAUGUUGUGUGAAUGUUGAGCUUGAACUCAGAGGCAUGGGGUGACAGUGUGAUAACGUGUUCUCACAAUGUGUUGUAUUGUAUACAACAAUAUCUUGUAUAUCCAGUAUGUGUAUUGAAGAAGUUAAAUCACUGUCUUGUAUGGAAGGGACACAUUUUGCUCGCUAAAUCAAGCGCUACCAAGCUGUGUAAACUCGGACUGGGGCUACACUGCACUGCUUGUGUCUAACAUCACUGCUUUAGGCACUCACACACAGAAUACAGUGUCACGUCACAAAAAAGGACCAAAGGGUAAAGAACUUGGGACUAUCUAAGUUUGCACUGGGAGAUCUCCACACCACACAGCUCCAAAAGAUGUCACACUCAUUAAUGGAAUACUUUGUAUGGAGAAGACAAUCAGAGAUGUAAGAUGAAAAAGCAAGAAAAUAAGAAGUAAAUGGCAGAAAUAAAGGAGGCAUUUAUCAAUGAUACCUGUAUAUUUUACAACAGAACAUAUGUAAUUUGAUGUGUUCACAAUAUGAUCAAACUGUACACGUGACACGGGCAUGAUCAAUGUUUAUGAUGUUUUUCUUAUAGAUGCAUGUAGAUCAUUAUGAGACAAACUUUACUUUCCUUCAUCUUUUUCUGCUCGUUAGAAGCACAUACGUGAUGCUCUUGGUAAAGGUGUAUUGAUGGUAUUUGAGGCAGAAAGUUCUUUGUCUCCAGACUCGUCACUAAUUGUGUUUCUGUAGAACAAUAUCCUGGUUACCAUGUUUCAUCAUAUAUCAAGAGGAUGUAAAUGCAAACACAGUAUGCACACAGGUGUUAAAAAUUAUGUGUUUGCUAUGUUAACUCUGGAAUGCUAAAAAUUUGAAAAAUACCAGUUCGUACAAGACUGACAAUUUUUUAUUUCAAUCCCCCACUACUGUAUCUUUUCUGAUUUAGUAUUCCAUAGCAACAUGUAACAGAAAAAAAAAAGUAGCUAUGAUGUGAAGAACUUCUUGUAUUUUUAAGUGAUCUAGGUAAUUUUUGGUGUCCUGGGUAUUUUGUGGAUGUUAGGAUGUACUUCUGUGUCUUUGCGUCAAGUGGGGGCCUCCCUGACCGAGUAGGAAGUGCAGCACAAUGACUUGGGAGUGUCUCAUCGAUGUAGUCGCUGUGAGUUCAAGUCCAUGUGUGGGAAAGUUUUCCAGCAACCUGCAGAUGGUCAUGGGUUUCUUCCAGGCUCUCCUUGGUUUCCUCCCACCAUAAUGAUGGUAGCCGUUGCACAAGUGAAAUAUUCCUAAGGAUGGUAUAAAAAACAUGUAUCAGAAAAAUAAAUACAUUCGUGUCAAGUACACGUAUAUGUAGAUUA